AUGCGCGAGGUGACCGGCAAGGGCGAGAACUGCGGCACUUUGGAGCUCAACGACUUAGCCAAAUCAAUCACCGAUUUGAAGAAGGACGCGGCGGACUUGGUGAAUCGCCUGCCAAUCGUUGCCGCUGACGCCGACAAGGUGUUCAACUUAUGGAACUCGAGUGUCACUGCUCUGACGAACAAGCUCUCAUGCGGCAGCCUGCUGGACGAUUUCGCCGAGCGCUACGAUAUCACCAAGCACGUGGAGACCUGGGAUUUCCAGGGCUGCGAACUGGUCACUGGCGACGUCGCUUCGCCCGAGCAGAAGUCGGACAUCCAGAACGUGGAUCAACGCAUCACGCAGUUCCCGACCAACCGGGUUGCCGCCGAGAAGCUCACGGCGACGCUGGGCUCUUGGGCGCCAGCAGAGGUGCAGGGCCGCUGGGCGUCAUUGCACAGUUCGCUGCCGACAUUGCAGGAGAAGGUUCACUCCAGCACGAAGUUGAUGGCCCUUCUCUUGCUCGUGCCGUACCUGCACAAGCGCAUUGAUCAUGCGAAUACCCUGAAGUACGUCACGGGGGUCCUCAAGCUCCCCGUGGACCAGUUGCCUACGAAUGUGCGCGACAAGCUCGGCAACAAGGUGGAGGCCAAGGGCGCCGUGAGCGCGCCGCAGCCUGAGGGGGCACCUAAGGACUCCCUCGCGGCAGGCCCCCCCGCCAAGAAGAAACUCAAGCUUUCGACGGCGGCUUAG